AUGGACAGCUCAACAGACUCAGCGACGGAGGAGUCAAAUCCGUCGAAUGGCAGCCAUCCGCUCUGGGGCAUGGCAGACCCAACCGGGCCGACGGCGUAUCAGUUUGGAACGCACGAGUAUACACAUGCGCACGUGAUGACACGUCGGUGGCGGGGCGUUGAGCACUCGAAAUGUCUCCAUGGACAACCCGUCCUCGCAGCUUCAACCGACGAAGUGCUAAACAGCUUUGCCGCCGCCGUUGCGGAAGCCAAGGAGUUUUGUAGUAUUGCAUUUACAAAGGGGUCGGUUCCACUACCAGCCCCACAACAAACGACUUCGCCGGUGCUGAUCGAAUCGGGAUGUGCGGGUGGCGCAGCAGUACCUGCCGUCGCCGCGGCGGCUGUGGACACGCACUUGGGCGACAUCGCCUUGCACGAAACUUCGUUGCGACAACACUGGGAUUGUUUCCGCUCCAGUCCUACGGACCAGUCAAUGGCCAAGUUUUCGUUGUCGUUGGACGCGACAAUCGGCACAGUGAUGGCACUUGCCACCUUCCUGUCGACGAAUCCAUUGGCAACAUCCCCACCCACGACCAUGCGAACGAUCCAGCGCACGUUGGUCAUGAGCGUUGUCUUUGACGCUUGGACUCGUCGCAACAUGGACGUGAUGCUGCUCCUACCAGACAAGUGUCUCGUACACGGCUUCUUCAGCGUGUUGCUGUGGUCGUUGCACAGCGUAGUCGUACCUCAAUUGGAGCCCAACGUCGUAAAGCAGUGGGCUCGCUUGACCACCACCGUGUCGAACGACAUCUCAGAGACGACUCUCGCGACGUGGGAGAUGGUGCAGACCUUUUUUCGGCACGCUGCGUCUGACCCGACUUGCGCGGAGGACGUCAUGCUCUCGUUUGGCUGGCGGACGAGACACAUUCCAACAACGCUUCGGCAAUUCCAAGUGCUCCACAAGAUGCACGAGGACGUGCUACAGGGCUUCGACCUGUUCUGGACUGGUCGUCCCAUUCCGAAUGGUUCCGUAACCGGUUCACUGCCACGCUGCCUCAGUCUAUCAAGCCAGACCCUACCUCGACCGAUGGUGGCCACCUACAAUGACGUGGCAGCACCAACGACAGGUUCAACGCAGGUCAACGCCACCCACGUCACGCCACAACAUUCAGACAUGUCACGAACAGCACCCUCUAUUGUGGAGUAUACGGUAGCGUUUGGUUGCGGUCCGUUGGGGCUGAGCUUAAAACCACUUGCACAAGGUAUUGUCCUGGGCGACGUUUUACCAAAUACUCCAGCCUCGCGAUCGGGGGUGAUCAAGAAAGGGGACGUGCUGGUGAAAAUUCAGGGUGUUGCCAUCGGCCCCCAGAUCGAAAGCAUCGCACGCCUUGUGAAAUCCAGUGUCCGACCAGUCCAGUUAACCUUCCGUCGACCGCUUGGACACACAUGA